AGCCUGCCAAGCAACAGCAACUGAAAUCUCUUGAUGGCAUACAUCCCAUUCAGUCCAAUAUGUCAGCCGAUGCCAAGAUAUCACAGAGUGUGCUGGGGUUCAGACUGACACCCAUUGCAGCUCUCUGCAGCAUGGAACGAGAAUUUAUUCAACACCGCAGAUCUAAGACUGAGAGUGAACUGUUACAGCCUCCUUCCAAGGAUGCACAAAGUUAUCCAAGCCUAACUCUGGAUUGUUCAAGGUCCAUGGACAGAGAGAGAGGUUCUCAGGGCCCCAAGAAUACAUUACAACCAGUAAAAGAUCCUAUAGUCAGGUACAGACACAGGAUCCAGAAGGUCAACGUUUGGGACCUCAGUGGAGAAAGUGGAAAGUUUUGUAGCGUUUCUGGCACAUGUCCUCUAAUCUCUGAUGAGGAAUCACACUUAUCUCCCAUUUCCAAGAACAUGCAACAAAGAGAUAAAUUCUUGUCUCAUGCUUCUGGGAUCCUGGAGAGCAGACACCACCCGGAGCUGUCACCGCAGGGUUUCAAGAACACGGGAGGGAAAUCUUUACAACUCAAUAUAGGCCACAGGAGGAAAGGAUCACUAUCUGAAAACCUUCACAAGGACAUACAAGCUAUCAUUGGAGAAUCAGGGGUGACAUUCCGGCUCCCUCCUCCCCCCAGCAUUAUUCCACAGAGAGUUCGUCCCCACCACUAAUUACAGGGGGAGUUUCCUUUCUCUGGAUGGAUAUUGGAGUGACUGUUAGCUGAAGGCACAGGGCCUCCUCUGACUUGGGACCUAGCGCCUAUAAUUUUAUCGUAACCUAAAACCCACACUACCGAGAAUAAGCCACCUUCCCAUUCACCAGAGGAGAGGGACUGAUGUGUCAUUCCAUACAUGCUGAAAGGGUAAAUCAGUGACUGGCGCCACUAGCUGUCCCACCCUAUCAUUACAGGAACAAAGACAGGGUAGUUUUAUAGGAAAUAUUAACUUUAUAUUCAUACAAUCCUUAUAAUUACCAGCAGGCUAGAAGAUGUACUGAAGACGCAGAGCUGUA